AUGUCUGCUACAGAUGCCCAGGUUGACUCUCAGGUCGAGCAUCCAGACACUAACAUUAUGCCUUCAGCUUCCGACUCUAACUCUGUCCUAACUGCUGACUCCAACAAAGUCGAUGACGAAAUGAAGCUGGACGGUGAAAAUUCCGCCGACCGUGAUAUCGUCGAAAUUCCAAUCAAACCAGCAUCUGCUUACAUUACUAUCUCCAUCUUCUGUGUCAUGAUCGGUUUCGGUGGUUUCAUUGCAGGUUGGGAUACUGGUACCAUUGGUGGUUUCUUAGCUCACCCAGAUUUCUUGCAGAGAUUUGGUUCUAAGCACCAUGAUGGUAGUUACUAUUUUUCUAACGCCAGAACUGGUUUGGUUGUUUCUAUUUUCAACAUCGGUGGUUUGUUGGGUUGUUUAGUCCUUGGUAAUUUGGCUAACAGAGUUGGUCGUAAGAUGGCGUUAGUCACUGUUACUGCCAUUUUCAUGGUCGGUAUUAUAAUUCAAAUUGCUUCUAUUAACAAAUGGUACCAAUACUUCAUCGGUAGAAUUAUUUCCGGUAUGGGUGUGGGUGCCAUCUCUAUGUUCUCCCCUAUGUUGCUAUCUGAAGUUGCUCCAAAACAUUUAAGAGGUACUUUGGGUUCCAUGUACCAAUUGAUGUGUACUUUCGGUAUUUUCUUAGGUGAUUGUACUAACUACGGUACCAAGUCCUACGAUAACUCUGUACAAUGGAGAGUUCCAUUAGGUUUAUCUUUUGCAUGGGCCAUUCUUAUGAUCGGUGCGAUGUUCUUUGUUCCUGAAUCUCCACGUUACUUGAUGGAAGUCGGUAAGGCCGAAGAAGCUAAGAGAUCCAUUGCUACUUCUAACAAAGUUUCCAUCGAUGAUCCAGCUGUCACUGGUGAAGCUGAAUUGAUUCUAGCUGGUAUUGAAGCCGAAAGAGCUGCAGGUAAUGCAUCUUGGGCUGAUAUGUUCUCUUCUAAUGGUAAGGUUUUGCAACGUCUAAUUAUGUGUUGUAUGAUUCAAUCUCUACAACAAUUGACCGGUUGUAACUAUUUCUUCUACUAUGGUACUAUUGUUUUCCAAGCUGUUGGUUUGACCGAUUCUUAUCAAACUGCUAUUGUCUUCGGUAUUGUUAAUUUCGCCUCCACUUUUGUUGCUUUCUACGUCGUUGAUAGAUUUGGUCGUCGUGCCUGUCUAAUGUGGGGUUCCGCUGCUAUGGUGUGUUGUUACGUUGUCUAUGCGUCUGUCGGUGUCACUAGAUUAUAUCCAAACGGUAAGGAUGAAACAUCUUCCAAGGGUGCUGGUAACUGUAUGAUUGUGUUCUCCUGUUUCUUUAUUUUCUCCUUUGCUUGUACCUGGGCUCCUAUCUGUUGGAUUGUUGUCUCUGAAACUUUCCCAUUGAAGAUUAAGCCAAAGGGUAUGGCUCUAGCUAACGGUUGUAACUGGUUAUGGAAUUUCCUAAUUUCUUUCUUCACUCCAUUCAUUACUGGUGCUAUUAACUUCUACUAUGGUUACGUCUUCAUGGGCUGUAUGGUCUUCGCUUACUUCUACGUCUUCUUCUGUGUUCCAGAAACCAAGGGUUUGACUCUAGAAGAAGUUAAUGAAAUGUGGGAAGAAGGUAUCUUACCAUGGAAAUCCGGUUCAUGGAUUCCAGCUUCUAAGAGAGGUGCCGACUACGAUGCUGAAGCUACCAAGGUUGACGAUAAGCCAAUGUACAAGAGAAUGUUCUCCAAGAACUAA